UAAUGGAUAGCGAGAAAGACAUGUCUUCUUAUAACAUCGCUAACAUCUCUGCCGACGCCAAUGUACAAGAGGAGGGAUCUCCAGGAGGCAUUUACCGCUCAGUAGAAGUGAUGCGCAUAGUGUGGCUGAGCACCACAUUCAUUUUAGGCACCUUGGGAAACGGACUGGUCAUCUGGGUGUUUGGAUUCAAAAUGAAAAAGACAGUUAAUACCAUUUGGUUUCUAAACCUCGCCAUUGUGGAUUUUUGCUUCUGCUUGUCCCUCGGUUUCUAUAUACCGGUGGUGAUACUGAAUCACUGGCCCUUUGGGCAGAUACCAUGCAAGCUUACAACGUGUAUCCUCGACCUAAACAUGGCUGUCAGUGUCUUUUUUCUAGCGGUCAUUAGUUUUGAUCGAUGCCUAUGCGUUCUGUACCCAAUACGCUCCCGGAGCCAUAGAACAUUGAGAUUAGCUGUGAUUUCCUCAGUAAUGAUCUGGCUUUUGGGCUUGGCUGUCAGUUCUCCAAGUCUUGUUUUCACUAAUGUUGUACAUGGCGGCAAUAUUUCAGUUUGUGGCUCUACCUAUGGAAACGGGGCUGACGGGUCAAACGUUCAUUCUCCUACUCGGCAAAAAGUUAUGAUUUUGACCAGAUUUGUGUCUGUGUUUCUGAUCCCUUUUACCAUUAUCCUGGUUUGCUAUGGGCUUAUCUCAUUCCGGGUGAGAAGAAGCAGCAGGCCACCGGGAUCUGCUCGAACUUUCAAGAUUAUAAUUACAGUUGUACUUUGCUUCUUUUUCUGUUGGUUUCCUUUCCAUUUAAUGUUUCUGAAGGAAAUCACGGGUUUUAAUAUUAAAUGGCCUUAUGGUUAUAUUAUCUCUCACAUGGCAAUAUGCUUGGCUUUCUUUAACAGUUGCCUCAACCCAAUGGUCUAUGUCUUCGUUGGACAGAACUUUAAAAAUAGUCUAAGGAAGUCCAUCCCAUUUCUCUUGGAAAACACAUUCAGAGAGGCAUGUGACCCUCCUUAAUUUCAAUAAAUAAAUAAAUAAACAGAUGAACUUACCAUGUUUGCAGUUUUGCAUCUAAGACAGUUCAUUGUUGACUUUGUGUUGAUAACGUUAACAUUUGUAAAUAUGUCGGCCAAAAUUUUAAGAAAGUAAUGAUGUCUUCUAUUUCCA